AUGACUAAACAAAUUGAAAGUGAACAAGAAUAUAAUCACCAUAAACAAGAAUCGUGCUCUGAACCUGCUCAUCUAUUAUUUGUAACCGGUCUUUUACCAAAUGAACAGUGUUUAUCAGUAUUAAAUAUUGUCUUAAAUCGUACAAAUGAUAGUGAAAUAAUUGUUAAAUCAAAAGAACGUCUUAUAUUUCAUGUUGGUUUUCGUCAUUUUUCAACUUCACCGAUUUAUUCUCAACAUUCAAAUUGA